AUGUCUGCACAAAGUGACUUUGCCCUUCGAAUUCCUGAAAACAAUGUGUCUGUAGAGGAGGGUUUUGACUACUCGCAAAGGGGACAGUGGCUUCGUGCAGCUGUCCUAGGAGCCAAUGAUGGUUUAGUUUCGGUUGCUUCUUUGAUGAUGGGUGUUGGAGCCGUUAAACAUGAUGUCAAAGCCAUGAUUCUUACAGGCUUUGCUGGGCUUGUUGCAGGUGCGUGUAGCAUGGCAAUUGGAGAAUAUGUGUCUGUGUCCUCUCAGCUUGACAUAGAGGUAUCUCAGGUUAAAAGGGAGAAAAGAAUGGGAGUAAGUAGUGAGGAAACUGAGAAUGAAGAGUUGCCAAACCCCAUGCAGGCGGCUACAGCAUCGGCCCUUGCGUUUAUGUUCGGGGCUAUUGUGCCGUUGCUUGCUGCUUCCUUCAUAGUGGACCAUAAGGUGAGACUGGGUGUGGUUGUGGCUGCCGUAACAGUUGCACUGGUGGUGUUUGGAUGGAUUGGUGCUUUUCUAGGGGGAACUCCGGUGGUGAAGUCUUGUCUUCGGGUUCUGGUGGGAGGUUGGCUGGCUAUGGCCAUUACAUUUGGGUUGACCAAGUUGAUUGGCUCCAGUGGACUAUGA